AUGCCGCCGCACUGCCUCGUCCCACACAACCUGACCAUCGCGUCGAUGGGCAGCUCCUUUGCCUCUGGACCGGGCCUGCAGCCCGUGGCCAACGCCGAGGCCGGCCGGUCCUACUCCAACUAUGCCAACCUGCUCGCCCAGCGCCUGCCCGGGUCGCACCUGGUCGACCUGGCCGUGUCCGGGUCGACGCUUGCCAACAUGCUCGACACGCCCCAGGUGACGCCGACCAAGGCCACCUUCGCGCCGCAGCUCGACGGCGUGCCCGCCAACGCCGACGUCGUGACGAUCCUGGGCGGCGGCAAUGACCUGAGCAUCUCGAGCCAGCUCAUCUACGAGGCCGCGCCGCCCGUGGCCAAGGCCGGCGUGGUGCCAGCGGCGCCGAGCGCGAGCGGCGCCGAGGUCGAGCGGCGCUUUCUCGCCCUCGUCGAUGCGGUGCACUCGCGGGCGCCCAAGGCCAAGAUCUUCCUGGUCGAGUACGUCCAGGUGGUGGGCAAGGAGACGGUGCCGCAGCGCGACAUCCUGCUCGACGAGACGCGGAUCGGGUACUACGAGGAGCGGCAGCAGCUCCUGUCGGACAUCUACCACCGCGUCGCCGAGAAGCGCAGCGGCGUCGUCGACCUCGUGCCCAUGUACCGCGACUCGCGCCACCACGUCCUCGGCAGCGCGCAACCCUGGGUCACGGGCUUCACCGACCAGACGAUCGCAGAGAACCGCGCGCCCUUCCACCCGGACUACGCCGCCCACCGCGCCAUCGCCGACAAGCUCUACGGCGACCUCCUCGGGCCGCAAUGCCGCAGCAGGUACUAG